CAUUAUUAUUUGUAAAUCAGUGUCAAGUGCAACCAAGUGUAAUCUUUUAAGUCUCAGUUUCUAUGAAGGCUACUUCCUACAAUCAACGACAGUGAUAUCGAUAGCAAGUUAAUAUCAAAUUUAAUUCACUAUUUCAAAAUAAUGUUUAUAACUUUUUAUUAAAAUAAAUAAUAAUAAAACUCGUUAAUUUUAGAUUUAAGUAUUGGUAUUUUGUUUUUUUGUAAAUUUAAAUUUCUCAAAAAGUGGAUAAAAAAAUGACAAAUUAAAAUAAUAAACAAAAGUGAAUUAAAAAGAAAAAGUAAAACAAACACGUUUAUAUGAUUUUUGAAAAAAAAACGAGAUUAUAUACAUAAUUUGGAAAUAGUUUCAACGUUUUAUAUAAUGAAAUCCAUGAAGAAGAAACUUCACGUGUCGAAAGGUAAAUACAGUUGCAAGAAUAAUAAAUACAUAGCUAUGGAACAUUCGGAUUUAGUCGCGGAGAUGGUGCACGUAGAGAGGCUGACAACGCAGGAGAGGUUACAUCUUGCUCGUCAUCGACGACUACAACAACUAAAAGUUUGGCGUCAAAGGGAAAAGGAAUGGCUGCGUCAUCAGACUCGACAUACGAGUAAUAAACGGCACAUAUUUUUCAAUGACAGUGUCAUGUUACUUGAGGCGGCAGCAAGAAAUGACAUUGACGAAGUAAGGAGAUUAUUAAAAAAAGGAGUGAAUCCGGAUUCAACAAACGAAGAUGGUUUGACGGCACUUCAUCAAUGUUGCAUUGAUGACAAUGAAGAGAUGCUUAAACUUCUUGUUGAAUUUGGUGCAAAUGUGAACGCCGAGGAUAGUGAAAAAUGGACACCAUUACAUGCUGCCGCCACAUGUGGGCAUCUUCAUCUUGUCCGUUAUUUAAUUGCUAAAGGUGCAAAUCUUUUGGCUGUGAAUGCCGAUGGAAAUAUGCCGUAUGAUAUCUGUGAGGAUGAAAAAACGUUAGAUUGCAUUGAAGGUGAAAUGGCGAGAAGAGGAGUAACACAAGAACUCAUUGACGACACAAGGGCCUCAAUAGAAGUCCAAAUGCUUCGAGAUUUACAAAAAUUAGCGUCUAUGGGAAACGAUUUGGAAUACAAAGAUCAUCAAGGUGCUACACCUCUUCAUAUAGCCGCAGCUAAUGGUUACUUGCGAGUAGUAGAAUUUCUUCUGGAUCAACACGUUUCCACAGAUAUUGAGGAUAACGAUAAAUGGCAACCAGUUCAUGCAGCGGCUUGUUGGGGACAUUUAGAAGUUUUAGAAUUAUUAGUACAGAAUGGAGCUGAUCUCAAUGCGAAGAACAAACACGACGAAACACCUGCGGAUAUCUGCGAGGAUCUUGAAAUUAGGGAACGAAUUAUGGAAUUAAAGACGGAACAGGAGAGUAAACGACUUCGUGAGGCGCAAGGUAGAAGAAUACGCAGGUCGCAGAGUAUAAAUACACGGACGCAAAGCGUUCGGAGAACAUCUAUUAGAGACAAGGUUUUGACGACGAAAAAAGACGCACAAGAGGAAGCACGUCUGCGAAUUCAAGCACAACAGACAUAUGUAUCGAUGACGGCACCAGUGACAAAUGCACCAGCAACGGAAAGUAACGGCGAAACGAGAGAAGUUGCUGACGAUGACACUGAUUCGACAGUAGUUGCAUCAACUGUUCGCAAAGGACCAGAGGGAAAAGACAACGAUUCCUUUUUACAUGAGGAUGUCGAUAAAGACUCAGUCGCAGGGCCUGACCCGCCUGUCGGUAGCCAGCAGCCAAUUUAUACAACAGACAACGAUGCUAAUGGCAAGAUCAACAUACACGUGUCUGUAGUUUUCGUCAAGUCGUUGUCGGACCUGAAGAAACAGAGGGCCCAGAAUCGACAUUCAACCAGCAACACACUUGAUGCCAAUGGUAAUGGAGUGUCAGUACCAGUUUCCACCAUCGACAAUCCUGAAAUGAAAUCUGAUGACUUCCAGAGAUUCAGAGGUAACACCAGCGAGAUCCUCGGGGAUAAUAAUUCCGAAAAGAACUGCUGUCUCGUUAUGUCAAGAUCUGUAUCACAAUUUGUACAAGUGAAGAAGCUACGACACAUUUCGUUACUUUUCAAAUAGAAUGUCCUCUUACAUACAUUGCAAAUGCUGGUCAAUUUACUAAAAUUUUUUGCUUGAUAUACGCUCGUUAAUUCUGUUUUUUGAAGCAAAAGAUUUGGAUGUCUUUUCAUAAAAGAAUAAUACCAAUCUUUAGAUGCUUUUUCGUCUUUAUUCCAACUAUCUGGAUGAUGAAUAGCACAUUUUUGUGCAUAUUCAUAUGCCAAACAUCGAAUAUUACUGAUGGUGAGACCAUAAUUGAGCUUGGAAAAUUCAAUGAUAUAAUCCAGUAAUCCUAGCUCUUGAUUCUUCGUAAAAAGCUGCGGAAAAAAUUAAAAAAUUAACACAAAAUUUAACAGAAAUUAAAAAAAUAUAUUAAAAAAAUUUGAAAUUACCGUCUUUCCAGCUUGAUGUGUUAUUUCUUUCAAAUAAUUUUUUAAUUGAUCAUCGGUGACAGUGGAGAAAUCUGGAAAUUGCAGUGACACUUUUUUAACAUAGCGACUAAGACUUGUUUGGCUAAUGCCAUAACUUGAAGCAACCGAACGUCCUGAUUUAUUUUCAAUUUUCACCAAUUUUAUGGCUUUCACCAAAUUAUCAUAAUCAAUUUGUCUAUCAGCAUAUUUUUUUAUAUAAUUGCGUGUCAUAAUGAUUGUAGCUGUGAAGUAAAUUUAAAAAAAAAACUAA